GAACACCGUCUCCUACCUCAAUGGAAAACAGCUCCCCGUCCGUGUUGGCGAGAGUGUGACCGAUCCGAUGUGCCAAUGGGACAAUCAUCCUGAGAGGCAUCAAACAGGAGGAGCGGAUGAGUGUUUCCACGCCGGAGAAGACUUUCCUGCUCCGCCUCGGGAUCCUGAGCGAGUCUGACAGCUGGAACCUCUCUGCUCAAGUGCUGGCAUUUACCAAUCUGAGAGCUGCAUGUGUGAAACCUUAGUAACCAGCAAUGGAGCCCUGGCCUGCAGUGGCCUGGGUCCUACUGCUGACCAUCAUCAUGGGUCUUCUGAGAAGCUCCCACACCAGAGACUUUACUGAACAAGAUAUCAUAUUUCUUCACCCUGCGAGUACUCCUUUUCCUGGUGGAUACAAGUGCUUCACCUGUGAAGAUGCACAAGAUAACUUUGAGUGCAAUCGCUGGGCACCAGACAUGUACUGCCCGCAUGAAGCCACAUAUUGCUACACCCGUCACACAAUAGAUGGGGAAGGAAACAGUGUGUCAGUGACCAAACGCUGUGUGGUUCUGGAGGACUGUCUUUCCACAGGGUGCACUGAAAUGGAUCAUGAAGGAAAACAGGUGUGCACAGCCUGCUGUGAAGGAAACAUCUGUAACUUACCGGUGCCAUGGAACGGAACCGAUAGCAUCUUUAGCCCCACUUCUCUCAGCAGCACUGUGGGACUUUCACAAAGCCCCUCUCUGACUUUUUCAUUCAUCAGCACUUUUUUAUUUUUCUCAAGUGGUGUAUGAAAUGUGACAGUGGUCUUCAAAAAGGAUCCUGACUGCUGUUUAGAUUGUACUGCGA